GAAAAAUGAUGAAUUUUGCCCAUCAUCCAAGCUAUGCAGCCGCGCUUGGGAUGACAGCCGCUAGUACUUUAGGAUUCUCGGCAAAUUUUGCUUCACAUAAUCUACACACUGCCGAAAAUACAGACAGAACAUUUUCACAUUCUAGAAAUUCAUUCGCUAUUCAGGAGCUUUUAGGACUUCGAAGUGAGGAUGAAGAAAAAGCAAGGACAACUCACAGUGACGCUUUGAUUUCUCCUUCUGCGUAUUUGGCCACCUCUCUGGCACCGUUAGGGAGCCCGGGGCUUAAGGAAUCCGCUGCUAGCUUGCCUUAUUCCAGUUGGCGGUCAACUUUUAUAAAUGCUCUAAAUAAUUCUGCUCAGACUGUAUUCGGCAUAGGAGCGGGUCAAGGAUUACCAAAAGGCGAUAUAAAAUCAAAUUUAGAACAUAGUAUUGGUGAUAAAGGAAGUGUUGAUAGUCUAGAUGGAACGACUAUUGGAGGGAAGAAAAAGAAGAAGAAGCGACGUCAUAGAACAAUUUUUACAAGUUAUCAACUUGAAGAACUUGAAAAGGCGUUCAAAGAGGCUCACUACCCGGAUGUGUACGCACGUGAGGUUCUAGCACUCAAAACAAGUCUCCCCGAGGACAGAAUUCAGGUUUGGUUUCAAAAUAGAAGAGCUAAAUGGAGAAAGACAGAGAAAACUUGGGGAAGAAGUAGUAUCAUGGCAGAGUAUGGGCUUUAUGGAGCCAUGGUUAGGCAUUCACUUCCGCUUCCGGAAACCAUUAUUAAAAGUGCUGAACGUGGAGUGAUGGAUUCAUGUGCACCAUGGUUAUUAAAUUUGUCCUCAGGUAUGCACAAAAAGUCCAUUGAAGCAGCCAAGACCUUCAAAGACGUUGAUGAACAAUCAUCGGAUGAUGGCAAGAGUACUAAAGACAAAGACGAAAUGCGUUCAGAAAGUAUCGCUACGUUACGAGCCAAAGCUUUUGAACAUAGUGCCAAAAUAAACUGUGAUCAAUCGGAACACGAGGACACAAAAUCUGUUAAUGAACAUGAACACUAUGGAACAUACCAAAGCAGAUUUGAGGAACCUGGGAAGGAUUCUUUAGGUGAAAGUUCACAGGACGAGAUUGAUGUUGAAUAAAUAUUUGUCAUUAAUUUAUUGUUAAAUUUCGUUUUAAUGUGUUUUUUUUUUAUUAUUCUCAUUAUAUCUAUAUUAUAAAUAUUAUUGUUUGAUUAUAUUGCUAUAUAUAUGACCAUUAAAUAUCAUUUGCAAGA